CUCUGCCCCCCAGCUCCCUAGGCAUGGCCCGGCUGCCCCUCCCGUCGCUCCUCUGCACGUUGGCCGCCCUCAGCCUCAGCCUCCUGGCCGCCGAGCUCAAAUCGAAAAGUUGCCUGGAAGUGCUUCAGGUCUACGUCUCCAAGGGCUUCAACAAAAACGAUGCGCCCAGUAACGAGAUCAACGGCGAUCAUCUGAAAAUCUGUGCUCAAGGUUAUACAUGCUGCUCUCAAGAAAUGGAGGAGAAGUACCGACAGCAGAGUAAAGAGGAUUUCCGAAGUGCCGUCGGGGAGCACUGCAAUGCUCUGCAGAAUAUGUUUGCUUCCCGAUAUAAAAAAUUUGAUGAAUUCUUCAAAGAGCUGCUUGAAAAUGCCGAGAAAUCCUUGAAUGACAUGUUUGUGCGGACCUACGGCCGUUUAUACAUGCAAAAUUCUGAGCUCUUUAAAGAUCUCUUUGUGGAAUUGAAGCGGUACUAUGUGGGGGGCAACGUGAAUCUGGAAGAAAUGCUUAAUGACUUCUGGGCCCGCCUUCUGGAGCGCAUGUUUCGCCUCGUGAAUCCCCAGCACCAUUUUACAGAUGAGUACUUGGAGUGUGUGAGCAAGUACACAGAACAGCUGAAGCCCUUCGGCGAUGUGCCACGGAAACUCAAGUUACAGGUGACUCGGGCCUUUGUCGCCGCCCGAACAUUUGCCCAAGGUCUGGCCGUUGCAAGAGAUGUUAUCAACAAAGUGUCUGUGGUCAAUCCCACAACUUCCUGUUCACAUGCCCUCCUGAAAAUGACCUACUGUUCCCACUGCCGAGGCCUGGUGACCGUGAAGCCUUGUUCUAACUACUGUUCCAAUGUCAUGAGAGGCUGUUUGGCCAACCAAGGAGAUCUGGACUCGGAGUGGAACAAUUUCAUAGAUGCCAUGUUGAUGGUAGCAGAGAGACUCGAGGGGCCCUUUAACAUCGAGUCAGUUAUGGAUCCCAUUGAUGUGAAGAUUUCUGAUGCCAUCAUGAACAUGCAGGAAAAUAGCGUGCAGGUGUCUCAGAAGGUUUUCCAAGGUUGUGGACUCCCCAAGCCCCUCCCAGCAGGCCGAGCCUCUCGUUCGGUUCCUGAAAGUGGCUUCAGUGCCCGCUUUCGGCCAUAUAAUCCAGAGGAACGACCCACCACGGCUGCCGGCACAAGCUUGGACAGACUGGUUACAGAUGUCAAGGAGAAAUUAAAGCAGGCCAAAAAGUUCUGGUCCUCCCUCCCGAGCACCAUGUGUAACGAUGAGAAGAUGGCACCUGAGCAUAUCAGUGAGGACGAAUGCUGGAAUGGAAAUGCAAAGAGCAGGUAUCUCUUAGCAGUGACUGGAAACGGAUUAGCCAAUCAGGGAAAUAAUCCUGAGGUUGAAGUUGACAUCACCAAGCCAGACAUGGUGAUCCGCCGCCAAAUCAUGUCCCUCCAGAUAAUGACCAGCAAAAUGAAGAAUGCCUACAAUGGGAAUGACGUGGACUUCAUCGAUAUUAGUGAUGAAAGCAGUGGUGAAGGCAGUGGUAGCGGCUGCGAAUAUCAGAAUUGCCCUUCAGAGUUUGAGUUCAACGUGACUGACAGCGUGGGGAAAACAGUGGUUAAUGGUAAAAAUGCGGUCGAAAAUUCGGCUGCCAGCACCAUUUGCUGGUCGCAUGCUGCCCAGGCUCUUUGCCUCUUGUUCUUGGCUAUGCAAAGACAAUGGAGAUAAUUCAACCACUUUGAACAACAGACUUUCACUACCCAUGCUAAAAAGCACGCCAGUUUUCACUUUUUAUGCCAUCCUAGUGACUUGGCUUUUUAAAUUAAUGGACAACCGUGUACAGUUUUUACUUUUAUGGCCAUUGGUUUAAUUAAAAUGGCAACCUGGUUUUUUCAUUCACUGUUUUGGGAGGGUGAAAAGAGGACUUAGACUCAGAGUCAGUCCCGCCCACCCAAGAAGCAUUGUUCAACGUGGCUGACAAAGUGUAUAUACCAAGCUGUAGCUAGCUGUGCAUUUGUUUGAAUCACUCUAUUGGUUUUUUGUUUUGUUUGUGGGGUCGUUUGUUUCUUUUUUUUUCUUCCCUUUCUUUCCAUUUAAGAUCUCACUGUGUUUCUUAAAAGAAAACCAGGGUCCCCUCUUGGCAUGAGACAAGCCUGCCUUUUGGAAAUCUGCACUCGCAGUACAGGGGCAGGUUUUACUUAGCGUAUUCAGAAUGAAACAAAACAAAAAAAAAAAAACCACCCGGCCAGCAGAAAGAUGUUUUACACAGCAACAUUUCCAUUUAGCCACAUUAUGGUAGUUGCUUUAUCUGGAGAGAAGUGGAAGGUAAUUUGUUUUCUAUUAUACAGUAGAGCCAAAUGUGAAGGCAUCAUUGGCUAGGGAGCCAUAUGCCCGAUUGUAUAAAGCAUUAAUGCCAGGAACAGGUUAUAUAGACUUCAUUUAUAGCUGGUUAUUGGAAGAGGCUGCUGAGCCCCAGUUUUGCAUAAGCUAAGAUCUGUGGGCCAUUCCCUGAAAUCUCUUGUAAUUAAAUGAAACUCACUGAAGUUUUCACAUCCGAUCUCAAUUCAAUUCAACAAGCAUUUACUAGGCACCUAUUAUGUGCUAGAUGCCAGUGGGAGACACUGGGGAUACCAGGCAAAAGUGAACCAGCCCCUGCCCUUAAGGAGUUUACAGUCAGUUGUGGGGUUUGGGGGGAGGUAACUUCAUGGACAAGUAAAUACAAUAAUUUUCAGAUGAGGGUGCUAGCCAAGUGGAAGGAUCAAGAUAGUUCUCGUCACAGUUCCAGAUAGUUCUCCCUUCAAAAGCUUAAGGCGUUCAGUAUGUCCAGUGUGUCUAAACCUCAGAUUGGGGGGGGGGGGGGUGCACCAACACGGACAAGUGACAAAUGCAGUCACAUGGCCUUGCAGAACCCCUGCUGCUGUAUCAGGAGGGCAUGCUAGAGGAGGGAUGGUCUUGCCACAGGCUCAUUCCCUCCCCAUCCCCCUCUAGACCAGGGGCAUGUGUUUUAUAUAUGGCUAGCAACAAUAAGGGGGAACCUCCCUAAUCCAGUGCAGGAUGAGGGAAUAAGGCAAGGCUAUCUCUCUGAUCUUUAGUAAGAAUUGAGCCCACAACCUUGACCUUGAAGCAGCAUGGCUUGGGGGCGGCAGCAGUCAGCAUUCAGUUGCAAAUGCUUGUAUGAAUUUCAUUGAGAGAGCUUCAUUCUCAGAGAUUGUAAGGUGGCUUAUUUGAGGGUUUCCCCCCCUCUACACUGCCCUGGCCCUCUGAUUAAUAAGCCAGUGGUACGGUACAGCAGCCGUGUUGCAGCCAACAAAUCUGAAACCAUUUUAGCAAGACCUUAGUGCCCAGUUCUGGAGAAUAGGUAGAGCCGCCAGACCACACCUCACAGGUGAUCUGCAGUCCUUAGGGCACCUUGGGAAAGGCUCUUCUUUCUCUUGGCCCCUCAAUACAAUAAUCACAGCCUUGGCUCCAGAAGAAUCCUUUCUUCUCAUCCCUAAAUCUGAGCGAAGGCCGUGUGGCAACUCAUAAGAAUAUGAAAGACAUAACAGAUCACCUUCAAAGUAGUUAGCAAGUCCGCACAAAGACUAAACAUGAUCUCCAAGUCUCUUCCAGUUUUCGACACCCAUUAGGAACCUAACCAAUGAUACAGAAUCUAGAACCUAGAAAGAGGUUUGUUGGUCAUUGUGCAUACCUUCGGUCAUGUGAGAAUAAUUCUCUAUUUUUAUAUUGAAGCAUAAUUACUUGAUAGCUCAGGGUCAACAUUUCAUUCACCGUUUUACACUAAAUGUCUGCAAAAUGGGGAAAAUGGAAUAUUUGGGGCUGUUGUAAACAGAGGCUUAAUUUUAUUAGAUGUAGCCAGUUAUUUAUUAAAGCAUGAUGUUAAUAAAAUAGGCAUAUUCCAA